AUGGAGGUGGCGCCGGAGCAGCCGCGCUGGAUGGCGCAUCCAGCCGUGCUGAAUGCGCAGCACCCCGACUCGCACCAUCCGGGCCUGGCGCACAACUACAUGGAGCCCGCGCAGCUGCUGCCUCCCGACGAGGUGGACGUCUUCUUCAACCACCUAGACUCGCAAGGCAACCCGUAUUACGCCAACCCAGCCCACGCGCGGGCGCGCGUCUCCUACAGCCCCGCGCACGCCCGCUUGACCGGAGGCCAGAUGUGCCGCCCACACUUGUUGCACAGCCCGGGGUUGCCCUGGCUCGACGGGGGUAAAGCUGCCCUCUCCGCUGCUGCAGCACAUCACCACAAUCCCUGGACCGUGAGCCCCUUCUCCAAGACACCGCUGCACCCCUCAGCUGCUGGAGGCCCCGGAGGCCCCCUCUCCGUGUACCCAGGGGCAGGGGGUGGGAGUGGGGGAGGCAGCGGGAGCUCUGUGACCUCCCUCACUCCCACUGCAGCCCACUCUGGCUCCCACCUCUUCGGAUUCCCACCCACUCCGCCCAAGGAAGUGUCUCCCGACCCCAGCACCACCGGGGCUGCCUCUCCAGCCUCCUCUUCCGCAGGGGGUAGUGCAGCUCGGGGGGAGGACAAGGAUGGCGUCAAGUACCAGGUGUCACUGACCGAUAGCAUGAAGAUGGAAAGCGGCAGUCCCUUGCGCCCAGGCCUGGCUGCCAUGGGCACCCAGCCUGCCACACACCACCCCAUCCCCACCUACCCAUCCUAUGUGCCCGCCGCUGCCCAUGACUACAGCAGCGGACUCUUCCACCCAGGAGGCUUCCUGGGUGGCCCUGCCUCCAGCUUCACCCCGAAGCAGCGCAGCAAGGCACGCUCCUGCUCAGAAGGCCGGGAGUGUGUCAAUUGUGGAGCCACGGCCACCCCUCUCUGGCGGCGAGACGGCACCGGGCACUACCUGUGUAACGCCUGUGGGCUCUACCACAAGAUGAAUGGGCAGAACCGGCCCCUCAUCAAGCCCAAGCGGAGACUGUCGGCCGCCAGGAGAGCCGGCACCUGUUGUGCAAAUUGUCAGACGACAACCACCACCUUAUGGCGCCGAAACGCCAACGGGGACCCUGUCUGCAACGCCUGUGGCCUCUACUACAAGCUGCACAAUGUGAACAGGCCGCUGACCAUGAAGAAGGAAGGGAUCCAGACUAGGAAUCGGAAGAUGUCCACCAAGUCCAAGAAGAACAAGAAAGGUGCAGAGUGCUUUGAGGAGCUGUCCAAGUGCAUGCAGGAGAAGGCCUCCCCCUUCAGCGCCGCUGCCCUGGCCGGACACAUGGCGCCCGUGGGCCACCUCCCACCCUUCAGCCACUCGGGACACAUCUUGCCCACCCCAACGCCCAUCCACCCCUCCUCCAGCCUCUCCUUUGGCCACCCCCACCCAUCCAGCAUGGUGACCGCCAUGGGCUAGGGACAGCCCCCCAGAAACAGACGGAC